ACCCCCACCUCCUGGCGCCCGGCUUCGUUACGGAGAAACGGCACGGAGGCGUCUCUCGGGCCACGAUCCGAGCCUCCAGGCGGAACCCCUGCCACAUGAUCGGCUCGGUCCAGAACCGGGACAAAGGAAGCGGGCUGGCGGCCCUCAGCACGUGCGAUGGGCUGAAAGGCGUCUUUCAUCUGGCUGGCCAAGAUUUCUUCAUUGAGCCGCUAGCUCCCAGCAACCCGAGGGAGGGCGCAGCCCAACCACACAGGAUAUCUCGACGGCACAUUUGGGAGCCCGAAGCCGAAGAGUUUAUUUCGGUCCUGAGCACAAAAGGAGCCAGGAAGCAGCCAGCUUCUGUCAGGAUGUGUGGGGUGCAAGAAAAUGCCAAGGGCUCAGAGAGGUGGAGAGAACAUUGGGAGGAAAAGCAGCAGAGGAAACGUCGAAUCAAGCCACGCUCUGUCAGUAAGGAGAAGUGGGUGGAGACCCUGGUUGUGGCUGACACCAAGAUGGUGGAGUACCAUGGCAGCGAGCAUGUUGAGAAGUAUGUCCUGACAGUCAUGAACAUGGUGGCUGGUUUAUUCCAUGAUGCCAGCAUUGGGAAUCCGGUCCACAUUUCUAUUGUGCGUCUUAUCUUUCUGGAAGAUGAGGAGGAGGAUCUGAAAAUCAGCCACCAUGCCGACAACACCUUGAGAAGUUUUUGCAAGUGGCAGAAAGCCCUCAACCCCAAGGGGGAUGCUCACCCCCUACAUCAUGAUGUCGCCAUCUUGCUCACCAGGAAGGAUCUCUGCACUGCCAUGAACCGUCCGUGUGAGACGUUGGGCCUGGCCCACGUCUCUGGCAUGUGCCAGCCACACCGGAGCUGCAACGUGAAUGAGGACACGGGACUUCCACUGGCGUUCACGGUGGCCCACGAACUGGGACACAGUUUUGGGAUUCAGCACGACGGCAGCGGCAAUGACUGUGAGCCAGUUGGGAAAAGGCCUUUCAUCAUGUCUCCGCAGCUCCUGUACGACACUUCACCCCUCACCUGGUCUCUCUGCAGCAGGGAAUACAUCACACGCUUCCUUGACCGGGGCUGGGGGCUUUGUCUGGAUGAUCCCCCAGCCAAGGAUGUGAUUGACUUCCCCUCGGUUCCACCGGGAGUCCUCUACGAUGUCAGCCACCAGUGCCGACUCCAGUACGGCGCCUACUCCACCUACUGCGAUGACAUGGAUAGCGUCUGCAACACCCUCUGGUGCUCUGUGGGGAACACGUGUCAUUCCAAGCUGGACGCAGCUGUUGACGGCACCAAGUGUGACGAGAACAAGUGGUGCUUCAACGGAGAGUGUAUAAGCGUUGGGUACCGCCCAGAGCCUGUCCAUGGAGGCUGGGCAGCCUGGAGCUCCUGGACGGCCUGUUCCCGGACUUGUGGGGCUGGAGUGCAGAACGCAGAGCGGCCAUGCAACAGUCCUGCCCCCAAGUAUGGCGGGAAAUACUGCCUGGGAGAACGGAAACGCUUCAGGGUCUGCAAUGCACAGCCGUGUCCGGCAGACGAGCCCUCUUUUCGACAGAUCCAGUGCAGCCGUUUUGACCACUGGCCCUACAAAGGGAAGCUUUACAAGUGGAGCCCAGUCCCCAAUACCAGCAACCCUUGCGAACUGAACUGUCGACCCAACAAUGAGUACUUUGCCGAAAAGUUUCGUGAUGCUACCAUUGAUGGGACCCCGUGCUACGAAGAGAACAACAGGCGGGACAGGUGCAUUAACGGGAUCUGUAAGAACAUUGGUUGCGACUAUGAAAUUGACUCCUACGCUGUGGAGGACCGGUGUGGUGUGUGCCAGGGGGAUGGAUCAACCUGUCGGACAGUGAAGAAGACCUUUGAGGAGAGCGAGGGGCUGGGUUAUGUUGAUGUUGGCCUGAUCCCGGCUGGAGCACGUGAGAUCCAGAUCGAGGAGAUGGCCGAAGCAGAGAACUUCCUGGCUUUGAGAAGUGAAGACCCCAAGAAAUAUUUCCUGAAUGGUGGCUGGACCAUCCAGUGGAAUGGUGACUACAAAGUGGCUGGGACCACCUUCACCUACAAGAGAAUGGGAAAUUGGGAAAACCUGACUUCUCCAGGGCCCACAGAAGAACCGAUUUGGAUUCAGCUCCUGUUUCAAGAGAAGAACCCGGGUGUCCGCUAUCAGUACACCAUCCAGCAGGAGUCCAGGAAUCAGAGUUCAGUUGCUCCUCCUGAGUUCUUCUGGCACUACGGACCCUGGACAAAAUGCACAGCUACCUGUGGGACAGGGGUCCAGAGACAGAUGGUGCGUUGCCUUGAGAAAGCCGCUGGGUUUGUGGAGGAGAAGUACUGCGAUGCUCUUAGCCGGCCUGAUGACAAGCAAAGGAAUUGCAACAAGGAACCAUGUCCAGCCAGGUGGUGGGCUGGUGAGUGGCAGGCAUGUUCAGCCACUUGUGGUGACUCUGGACUGAUGAAGAGGACUGUCCUCUGUAUUCAAAGUGUGGCCCUGGAUGAGCAGCAGGCUCUACUACCCGACAAGUGCCAACAUCUCACCAAGCCAGAGACCACAGCCGCUUGCAACCGCGAAGUCCUCUGCUUGGCACUGUGGGUCACGGGCAACUGGUCAAAGUGCUCAGUAACCUGUGGGAAAGGGACUCAAAGGCGCCCCGUUUUCUGCCCCACCGACACCAGAGCCAAGUGUGAUCCAGCAGAAAGACCAGCCUCCGAGGUCAACUGUUGGGCCUCAGCCUGCUGGAAUAGGAUGGAGAACAGUGUUCCCGACUGGUCUGGAAGUGGCUCUUCAAGCCAGGAACUAUUUAAUGAAAUUGAUUUCAUCCCCCAUUAUCAUGCCCCCAAAUUUAGCCCUUCAGCUCCCAAAUCUGAAAAUGUUAUUACAGAGGAAGUUCUCCUCCCCAACAACCAUAAGAAGGGAAAUGUGUUUGUGGAUGACUUUUAUUAUGAUUAUAAUUUUAUCAAUUUUCAUGAGGAUUUGGCUUAUGAGCUGGAUGAGGAAAAGAACAGUAAAAGGGAAGACUUGAAGCCCAACUUUGGGGUCCAGAUUUUUCACAAGAUGGAGGCGGAUCCCCAAGAAACGCUUCCUGAUCUUCCUCCCACCACAGACCUGGAAGUCAACUUGGCUAAUCAAGGCUCCGCAUCUCCGACUGUUGGGCAGGAAUAUGAGAAGGAGCAUGACAAUGUUCAGGACAGUAGCACAACUGGCACUUUGCAGGAUCCCUUCAUUACCACCGUUGUCACCAGCUCUUCUGCUUCAGUUCAUUGGGAAAGCUUCCAGCCAUCACUUUCAGAAGAUCAUCCUUCCACUUCAACAGUGAAGUCUCCUCCUUUGGGGAGCAACAACCACGUAUUUGGUGGUGCUACUCAAGAACCUCAUUUUACAAAUACUUUUUUGAAAGAUAGCACCGCAAAACCUGUUUCCUCCAUCAGCUCUCCUUCCUUGGAUGUACUUACUCCAACAAUGUCUUCUGUCAAAGACAGCUAUCACAGCACAGAAAAUCCUGGCAAAAGGAUGCAGGACCCCAAGAUUCCAGAACUCAGUGAUAGCAGUGAUCAUGGUUUAUGGAAAAUGGUGGAAGAAACCAGCAGAAAGCAGAGCAAUAGAGACAGAGCCAUUGUCAAUGACGAAGGUAAUAUGGAUACUGCUUAUACAGUGAAAGAAAAUCCAAUAAAUACAUUUGCCACAACAACUGCAAGAAUAACUGGGGCACCCCAUCACCUUGCCGAUCAUCUCUCUGCUUCUGUUUCUGUUCUGGAUGCAGAGAUGAGUAGCACCUCAGGACGUGACCUUCUCAAGAAGGCCCCCUCACUCACAACUGAGCUUCCAUCAGGGACAUCUUCCUCCACUUCUGCAUACCAGUUGUCUGGCUCCAGCAGAAAGACACAAAUGCUUCGCCAUCCAGACACUCUGACACCACAGAUAGCAACCGAAUCAAACUCUUUGGAUCGGAUCUCAUCUUUUCCCAACUUUUCUCCCUCUGCAUUGCUUCCUUCAAAGCAAUCUAAUAAGAUUGAGACAGAUUUGGAGACCAAGCCUAUACCUUCCACUGAGGACCGGGAAUUCUCCAGGGACAGAAGUGAAAGUCCACCUCCCCUUGUGCCAACUGCCAGCAGUGAAGGAGGUGCUGGGCCUGAGGUCAAAUUUCAGGAACCGGAAGAGAAGAUGGUGUCUUCUGUAGCUUCUCCUGCUGCUGUAAUAGCUGCUCUCAAUGCUAGCUGGGAAGCUGGAAACUGGAGUGAGUGCUCCAGGACCUGUGGAGGAGGUGUGAAAGUUCGGGGCAUCCACUGCAUCGACACACGGGGCCAGCGACCUCUGCGACCCUUUCACUGCCAGACUGCCUCCUACAAGCCUCCAGCGCAGUUGCCGUGCCACACCAAGCCGUGCCUGAGCUGGUACACCUCCACCUGGAGAGAGUGCUCUGAGCUGUGUGGAGGAGGUGAGCAAGAGCGCCUGGUGACGUGUCCCGGAAUGGGGAGGUGUGACCCAGCCCUCCGGCCAAACAGUACAAGACCGUGCAACACCCAGCCCUGCACCAAGUGGAGAGUGGGAUCUUGGGGGCAGUGCACGGCCACGUGUGGCGAGGGCAUCCAGAGGAGGCAAGUGAAGUGCCUGAACACAAAAACUGGACAGGCAGAAGAAGACAGUAGCUUGUGUGAGCACGAACCCUGGCCAGAGAACACCCAGAGAUGCAGCUCCCAGGAUUGUCCUGCCGGCGAAGCAAGCUUACUAUCUAUUUCCUCCUUGCAAGUGCUGUCAUUUAAAAAUGGCAGAGCUAUCCUGUUGCUCAACAAUUUUGUGAUUGCACAUCUGAUUUUUCCUGGAGGAGAACUGGGGGAAGAGGUGGAAAGCUGCUUUAGACUUGAUUUGCCCCCACAAACUUUGGAAAGGAUAGUGAAUGUUACUUUCUGCAGAGGUAUCCUCUUCUUGUUGGAUGAGACUGGAUGGAUACAUAUAUUUGGUGCUACCGAUGGUGCCUAUUUGGCCCACAUCAGUGUCCCUCUCUAUCAGUCACGGGGGCAAGAAGAGAAAAACCAGGACAUGCCAUUUCCUCUUGUGCAACUAAGUAUAUCACAUGAUCUCAGUGUGGCUGUGGUUGUUGGCCGCUCCAGUUGUGUGGCUGCUGUUGACCUCAACUUGUACUUCAGAGAAUACCCUGACCAUUUGUUUUGCAAGCAAAGCUUUGAAAAUCUUCCUGCACAACAGUUGGAGGGGGUGGGUGAAGAUGACCUCAAUAGUUCAAGUUACAGCAUGAAGUUCUUGCAACCUUCAUUUCAGACUGACAGAUCCUGGAAGACACACACACUAUCUUUGAAUGAUACACACCCACACAAUUAUUUUCCACAUUUGUGUACAGAUGUUGAGUUGCCUUGGUAUCAGCAUCUUCUGCACUUAGAAUCUCUUAACUCUAAGACUUUGGACACUUCUGAAGCGUCCCUCUUUCAAGAGGUUGCAUUUGUUCUUUCAAGCUCCAGAGGGAAAGAGAAUGAGGGCCCUGAAGACAGGCGCUGGAAGAGUAUACCUUUAGGUGACCUAGAAGAACGUGGGAAUCUUGAGUGCAAACAUGUGACUGGUUUCCACGUGCUGUUCACUGUCUCAAGUGAAAGUGAAGGGCUGACUCUUGUCCUGUGGGAUUUGGUGACGCAGGACAUCACACAGUCUUGUGUGGGGGAAAACUCUUUUUUUGUGGAAUAUACCAGGGAGGAACCACUAUGGCUCGUCCUUUCAGAGACUGGCCUCUUCUUGCUCCUGUUUGGCUUUACCCAAGAGGAAUUCUUGAACAGACUGAUCAUCUAUGGAAGUGCUAGCACUGUAGAUUCCCUUUGCCGCCUCAAUAGGUGGGGAAGGUGUUCGAUUCCUGUACAUGCCUUAGAGGCUGGCUUAGAGAACCGACAGUUGGACACCGUGGAUUUUUUCCUAAAGAAUAAAGAGAACCUUUUCAGUCUGUCUGCAGCAAGCUCUAUACAAGAUCAGCCUGCAAAUAUAUCAGAUUUUUACUUGAAGAGCGUUGAAGAACUGAGGCCAGCAUUGGAUUUACUUUGUAAGGCAAUUCACGAAAAUGAUGUGGAAACCCAGAGCAAGCAUUUCUCUGAGCAGCUGUUGAACCUCACCUUAUCUUUUCUUAACAAACAACUCCGUGAGAUUUUUACCCACAGAGAAGAAUUGGAUGAAAAUAUGCUCCAGUGUGUUGACAUUUUCACCAGCUACAUCAUUAAACUCAGGACAUUUAUGAUCAGGUUUCCUCAUAAGACAUCCGGUGUCAUAAGGCAGCCCUGGGAUUCUGAAGACAACCUACCCCAAAUGGACCAAAGCCACUGGGAAAAAUUUGAUACAGAGCGAGCUGUUACUGAAGCCCUUCUAAGCAACAGAGUGCCAGAGGCACAAAUCUUUUUCCGUCUGACUCACAACCCUGCCCAGGAUCUUGGGCAGCUAACCCAGAUAGGUCUGGAGAUGGCCUACAAAAGCCUCCUGAAGGAUGACAUCAAUGAAGCUUCCAAACUUUUAAGGAACAUGGGCUUCAGUGUGAAGCAGCAACUGCACAAAAUAUGUUUCUACACAACAGAUUACCAUGUCCGGGACUUUUUGGUGAGUGUGCUACAAGAUGAAGAUGUUCUUCCUGAAACAGAGAAAGAAAUGAUAGACUUGGUGCAUGAGGUAGAAAAUAUUUAUUCAGGCACCUUCCAAAGACAGGAAACGAACACAGCCUGUUGCAGAUCUUGGAGAAAAGAAGCAGACUGUAUCGAUGUUACUUCUUUGGAUUCCUUUCUGAAUUGCACUCAAGACAGAACUCAUAACAGGGAACACAGGGUGAUGCUAAACUGGGCUCAGUGGUGGAAUCCAUCUACACGGGAAAGGGUCCUUCUCCCUGUAAGAGCUCAGGAAGGGAAAUUUAAGUUCCGUAAUCCUGAGGCCCUCUGGAUGUAUUUGUCGUCUUGGCACGAUUGGGUAAAUAUCACUUCGUGGAUUUCUGAUUCUCAACUCGAAGGUAACCCUGCAAACUGGCCCCCGCUCCCUUUAGAAGCCAUCGGUCAAAGUGCAUUAUGCAGCCAUUACUUGCGCAAUGAAGUCUUGGACAUCCUAGCUAGAAACGGGACUUUUGUGCCCACAGAACUGGAAGACUUUGAAGGCCUUCUCCAAAGGACGGCCUGUGCUGGAGGCGUGAUGCAGGAGCCACAUCCUCUCCUGGGCUACGUCUCUGCAGGCGGCUUAGAUUUCCACACCUGCUUUAUCCUUUAUUGCAUAGAACGGGGGCUGGACCAUCUUCUCUACUCCUACUUGGAUUAUUAUCGUUUAUUUUCAUCAGCCUGUCCCAUUUUGAACGAUAAGAAUCUGCGUGAGGAACAUCUUUGGUUUGAAUUUUUAGUGCAAUGUUGGGACAUUGCUAACAAUCCUGGAGAUGCAGACAAGAUUUUUCAGGCCAGCCUGGCCAAUGCCCAGAUCUUGAUUCCUGGCAACCAGGCUAGCGUGAGCACCAUGCUGUUGGAGGGACGAACCCUUCUUGCCCUGGCUACCACCAUGUUCGCCGGGGGAGGGAUUGACCAGAUUGUCCAGAAGGGAGAUGGAAGAGAGAAGGUGGAUGCGCAGCUCUUCAGGAUGGCACUUGCUCCUUACCCCAAGCUUAGAGCUGCCCUCUUCCCUCAGACCACUCCCCAUGGAAUCUCGCCUCCCGACCUUUCUCUCUAUCACCUUCUUCAGUGCUUGGCUCCAUUUGAUUCCACCAAGUUGUUUGGCUGGCAGUCAGCAAAUACGCUUGCCAUUCCUGAUAUUUGCAAUGACCUGCCUCACUUUUCGUGCUCGGCUCUCGUAAAGAAGCAUGCCAUAAUGGAGCACCUUGAUUUCUCCUAUUAUGUAUAUCAUGAGCGCCCCUCCUUUGCUUUCGGAGCAUUUUUAGCUCAGCAGCUAUCAAAGGGUGACCUCCCAAAGGAGCUGGUUCAGCAAGUGGCUAAUGAAGCCUAUUCUGUGGCCCUCUCGGUUUUCUAUGCACCUUCUCUUGCUGCAACCUCUGUCUGUUUUUUGGAAAUGCUGGGCCUGCAGAGUCUGAAACUGCGAGUGGAUGUUAAGGCCGCCAACGUGAUUUUGAGCUUCAUGUCCCGGAGAGAGGAGCCACAGCACCACUCCAUUAGACAAUCCUUGGUUGAAAAGCUAGGAGAGCUGGCUGAUGGAGAAAAAACUGCAGCCGAAGACCUUCUGGUCUGCUUAGAGGAAGCCGUCUGGGAUAAGGUUGACCAUCAAGAGAUAAAAAAGACCUCAAGCGAGGCGAGGCAUCACUGGUCCCUGGUCGUCCAGUUUUGCCAGCUGCACCACAUCAAGCUGAGCACGUCAUACCUGAGGGCCUGUGCACGUUCGAACGAAUGGCUGCAGUUUGUGACUGAAGCGCAAAUGCACGGCUACCAGCCAGCAGAGGUGAUCCCCCUCCUCCGGGACUUCCCCCUGCCCCUGCGGGACCACUUGGCGUUGGCCCUGAGGCAUUUGCAGCCUCCGAGGCAGGGGGGCUUGCAGGAGCUGGAGCAGGAGCCGCAGGGCCUAUUCCAUGUCCUGCUCCAGAGCCAGGAGCAGCCGUGCCCUUGGCGACACCUCUUGGCUGCCUCUGUGAAGCACCACUUGCCCGUCCUGAGCGUGCUGGCUGCUGGCUUCCAGGACGCCAGCCUUCUCCACUGUCUCUGUGUUUGGAUAAUAACUUCCCUGGACGCUUGUGCCACCAGUGAGGUGAUGGGGCACAUGGACGGCAUGGCUGAAUCCCACGAGUGGGGCCUUCCAGACUUGGCCCUUCUCUGGCAGUGGCUGUUGAAGAGGCAGAAGGCCAGGAUCCUCCUUCAUGGCUUCCAGCUCUUCCUGGAGGAUUCUCCUUUGCUGAUAAUGCUGGAAGUGUAUGAAUUGUGCAUGGAGUACAAAAAUUACAGCCAAGCCAAGAUGAAACUGCUCACAUUUCAAGACAAUCUUUCAAAACUUGAAGCUCAGUGUGAGAGGUGGCUGCCCGUCCUCCCUGGGCCCUGGCUGGAGUUGCAGGCCUCCUUCCUACUCAACCUGAUGCUGCAGCAGUGCAGAACAGAGUACGAGUUCAGAAAACUCCUCGAGCUGCUUGCAGAUGCAGGAACUGCUCUUCUCCAUGGACCAGAUCUGAAGAAGCUCAGUGCCCUCGGUAUCAUCCUGAAAGAUUCACCCACCUCCAUCAGCCGGACUCUGCUGGGCAACUACAGCUUUGAGAGGUUUCAGGAGGAGUGCCAGAGGAUUCUGGAGCAGCUGCAGGAGAGCAGCUCUUUCUCUGUGGCUCGCAAUGUAGCAGAGCUGGCAGCACUGCCUGUAGACAAUGUUGUCAUUCAGGAGGUGCUCCAAAACCUCCUCCUCUUGAAACAGGUUGGCCACUGGACUCAAAAACGGACAAGAGUUGAGUUCUGGAAAAAGUGCCACGAGAACUAUGUGCAAAAUGCCAUCUCCAAUCGAGCUGCCUCCGGCUUCUUCUCAGCUCAGGCAGACUUGGUCUCGGAGGGCCCGGAGGAUGAGAGGGUGUCAGAGAGGCAACUCCUGCUUACUUUAGCUGGACACUGGCUAGUCAGAAGCGACCCGGUUCCUGUAGAUGAUCUGGAGAAGAUAGAGAGGGGAAUCUGGUGGUGCCACAUCAGGCGACAAACUUUCAGCCAAGGCACAGGGCAGAUCGAGCCCAGAGGUUCUCACCAGAUUUCCAUAAGUAGUGAGCUGUCCUUUGACUCCUUGGCCAAGGAAUUCUGCUUUUCUAAGGUUGCUGCUUUAAACAUCCCAAAGUACCUGGAGCUCAGAGGUUUCCCUUCCCAGGAUACAUCCACAGUUAUGCUUUCCGAAGCUGAAGCGGCAUCACUGAGCUUUCUGAUUGGAUGUCUUCUGGAUGAAGGAAGCGUGCACGAAGCUGCCCGGGUUUGCCGCUAUUUCAGCUUCUACAGCAAAGACGUCGCCCUGAUCUUGCACUGCAGAAUGCUGGCCUUGGGGGAGGACGCCCAGGGCUGCUUCCAUCCAGAGAUCCAGGCUCUCCUGGCAGCUGAGAACAGCAAGAGGCACAGAGAAGCGGCACCCGAAAAGAAACGGUUGAAGAGUUCCUCAAGCCUCGAUUCCUGGUCCUCUGUGGGGGGCUCCUCUCCGGAUAGUGGAGUGGUCGGCAGCCUGCAGACUUUAGUUGCAGAAUGUGUGCAUGGUCGGAAUUAUUGUCGACAGACUCUCUACCUUUACGAACUCUCCAAAGAGCUGGGCUGUGCCUUCAGUGAGAUCGCCGUCCACGAUUCAGAGAAGCUGCUUCGGGCAAUCCUGUCCUCCCAGCAGCCAGAUUGGUACAAGAAGGCCCAGGCCUUCAUCACCAACCAGGGGCUGGAGCCAGGGGCUGUGGCUGAGCUUGUGGCAGAGGAAAUCACACGUGAGCUGCUGGCGCCUUCGGAAGGAAGAGGCAAGCAAACUCCAGCCCUGAAUCCUGCAGAGGAGAGCCAGAGGUUCCUGCAACUGGCCAAGCUUUGCCAGGACCACACACUUGUCGGCCUGAAGCUGCUGGAUAAGGUUUCCUCUGUGCCACAUGGGGAGCUUGCCUGUACUGUGGAGCUCCUGGUUCUGGCCCACAACUGCUUCAGCUUGACUUGUCACAUGGAAGGCAUCACUCGUGUUCUCCAAGCUGCCCGGCUGCUCACAGAUGAACACUUGGCCCCAAAGGAAGAGUACGGCCUUGUGGUUCGCCUUCUCACCGGUAUUGGCAGGUACAAUGAGAUGACCUACAUCUUUGACCUCCUGCAUGAAAAGCAUUACUUCGAGGUGCUGAUGAGAAAGAAGCUGGACCCGAACGGGACCCUCAAGACCGCCCUGCUAGACUACAUCAAGCGUUGCCGGCCGGGAGACAGUGAGAAGCACAACAUGAUUGCCCUCUGCUUCAGCAUGUGCCGGGAGAUUGGGGAGAACCACGAGGCUGCGGCCAAUGUCCAGCUGAAGCUCAUUGAAUCUCAGCCAUGGGAGGAGAGCCUUCAGGACGUGCCAAGCUUGAAGAAGCUCCUGAUGAGAGCCCUCACCCUCUUCCUAGAUGCUGCCGAGAGCUACUCCAAGGAUUUCUGCGUGUGCCAGUCGUUGCGCUGCAAGAGGUUGACCAGGCUCAUCACCCUGCAGCUCCACUUCCUGACUACUCAGCACAAAACCAAGCUGAUCAACCUGAGGCGGAAGAGCUUGAUGCCCUGUAUCCUGGCACUGCCCAGGUUCUACCAGGCAGCCGUGGUGGCCGAGGCCUAUGACUUCGCUCCAGACUGGUCAGAGGUGCUCUAUCAGCAGGUGAUCCUGAAGGGCGACUUCAACUACCUGGAGGAGCACAAGCAGCACGGGCUGCUCAGGACGGGCACCUUCGAAGAGAUCGCCCACAAGUUCAAGCAGCACGCAGCCAACGAGUCUGCCGUAAGAAACCUGAAGAAGCUCUUGACCUACUGCGAGGACAUUUAUGUCUAUUACAAGCUCGCCUAUGACAACCAGUUCUAUGAUGUGGUGAACAUGCUCCUGAAUGACGCCCAAACAGGCUGCUGCCUCAACGAUUUGCUGGCCAAUUAGAUCAUCCUGGCUGAGCAAAGUAGAACUGCAAACAAAGUUCAGACAAGCCAGAAAAAAAGCAAGUCAGGGAAUUACGUUUUCAGUCAUCCAGAGGAAAAAGAAAAGAUCACCCAAGAUGCUGUUUUUCAAAUGAUGUGAACUGCACAAAAUAGAGGAUUAUUAAUCUGG